CUCAGUUGCUUCGCCGUGAGUAUCACUUGCUCGGACCAAAACUGAUUUGACUUGCUCAGCAUAUUCGUUCAGCGGACACCUGUCACUGACAUACACAAGAAAAUCGCCAAAGGAAAUACUACCACAUUCCUAGGGGCUAGUUUCUUGCCACAAGAAGAGGGGAGUGAACUUUUUUCCCUACCCGCAGACCAAACAAGGCGUAAGAUCAACAUGCCGCCCUGCACUACUACUGAACGCCAGGUGAAGAGCAACAUGCCGCUCUGCACUACUACUGAACGCCAGGUGAAGAGCAACAUGCCGCUCUGCACUACUACUGAACGCCAGAUAAACACGAAUCGGAGACGAGUGAGCGCGCUUGACUGUUGUGUUGGUGGCCAGACAGUAAGAUUGAACUGGGACUACCUCACUGUGAGACGCUCAACAAGGUCACCAAGGUCACGUCACCAAGUUCUCGCCACUUCACAAAAAAUUGAGUGGGUGUUUAAGGCAGUGGUAGAAGGGAACUUGAUCUUGGUGGAGGACCUUGUGAAGCUGACAGGACCAGCUAUCACCAGAGUGCAGACGGGUUGCACUCUGCUGCACGCUGCAGCAGCUAACAACCAGCCACAUGUGGUGCUGUUUCUCCUCAAGCUGGUCAGUCCCAAUAUAGUUAACAAAGAGGGUCAGACCCCAGCUCACCUGGCUGCCAUGAAGGGACACACUCAAGUGUUGAGGAUUUUGUUGUCUGACGAGGAACUGAACCACCAUAAACUAGACAACUGGAAGAGGACUUACAAGGAUCUGCUUGCUGCGCCUCUUUUUAAGGCGGUGUUUAACUGGAAUAAAAACAAAAUAGAAGAACUGGUAAAGCUUGGUGCUGACCCAGACUACCACGUUGGUCGGCUGGUGGACAGGAUGUUGACACGAGAGUUGCAAGUUACCACAGCUCGACAGUUGGCACACGCUUUACAACGAGAAGCUAUCGUCCGCAUGUUUCCGCAGCAACACACACCAGAAAACAUGACUGAGGCGACGACCGAGUUUGACUCUGCUGUGAGCAUCAACAGUGACGCUUCCCCAGACCACGAACUUCCGCUGGGUCCACUGAGGCUUGUGGUGACACCUGCACACUUCCUGGCCACAGGACCAGACGUAUACAAGAUGGAUACCGACCCCAGGGGAUACGUUUGUGUACUCAACUAUAGCUCCUUUAAGGACCGACCCGACUUAGUCCUUGACGGCUCACACUCAGAUGUCAACAACCUAGCAAAUGCCUUCGGCAAAAUGGGAUACACUGGACAUGCGUAUUCGACCUUGACAGCAGACCAGACCAAACAAGUGCUGACCAGAGUGAGGGACCUGGAUGUGCUGGACCAAGUUGGCUGUGGUAUUUUUAUUAUUUCCAGUCAUGGCAUUGGAAACGAAAAGUUCUUAACUAGUGACAUGAAGUUACUGACAACCGAAUGGAUAUGUGACCUCUUUAAAGACUCAGAAUGUCCCCGACUGAAAAAUAAACCCAAAUUGUUUAUCUUUGACUUAAGUUGUGGUUACUAUAGGGACGAGACUCGUCAACAAGAGAACACAGUCAAGCGUAGGAGGGUUGAAGAACCUCUGCAGGAUACUAUGUGCCUUUACUCGAGCGAUGGAGGCUUUACGUCUUACACCUUCACCAAGGAAGGGACUCCCUUCAUCACGGCCUUGUGUCGUUGCCUGGCGCACCAUGCUCACCACAUGGAGUUUGGUGACUUGUACAGGGAGUUCCUUAAGGAGUACAGUAAGACUAUCUUACCCUCUACGCCACAGCUCCAUAAUUUUGGUUUCAACAAGAAGUUCUACUUUAACCCUGGGAGAACACUGAACCAAUAAAUAACACCAAGGAAGUGAUUAAACCAUCGUGAUUUGACCUUACCAAUGAAGAUACUGUAUACUGUACAUACUUAAGCACCUUAGUAAUAUAUGUUAACAGUCUCAAAUAUCGUGAUGUGAUUGUUUUUCUUCAGCAUUACAGAAUAUUUGGGAAAUAAGACCUGGCAGCAUGAAUUUAUUUUGCAGCAUAGUUUAAUGAAAACGUAAUGAACGACCCCAUAAUGCUGAAAUUGUUAUAUUAUUAACAAUACUCAUUGUUAUGAAAUUGUAGCUGUGAAAAUAAAUGUUAUGUUGUAUUUUAUAACACAAUUAAAGAAUUUUAACGCUGCUGGGCGUCUAGUCACUAUUUUAUCUUAGUUUCUACGAACUAAAUUUAAAAAGAUUG